AGGAGGAGCGGCCGCCGCCGCCACCGCCGCCGCCAUAGAGACUGUAGCCGUGGAGACUGUUACUUACCAACGGGGACCAACACGCAGCAGCCGCCGCCGCCGCCGCGGGAGCCGCUGCCCGAACUCCGGCCCGAACUCCAGAACUGAGCAUGCAGAAUUCAGAGGGUGGAUCGGAUUCGCCGGCUUCCGUGGCUCUGUGUCCGUCGGCGGCAGCCCAGGCACCCGUGGCCCAGCCUGUGCCAGCCUCCCCGCAGAGGGUGCUGGUCCAGGCAGCCGGCUCAGCGCCCAAGGGGGCCCAUAUGCAGCCAGUCGCCCUCCCCAGGGUCCAGCAGGUGCCACAGCAGGUCCAGGCUGUACAGCACGUGUACCCCCCCCAAGUGCAGUACGUGGAAGGGGGAGACGCCGUCUACACGAAUGGAGCCUUGCGGACGGCCUAUGCCUACAACCCCGAGCCUCAGAUGUACGCCCCCAGCAGCGCGGCUUCUUACUUUGAGGCCCCGGGUGGUGCCCAGGUGACCGUGGCAGGCUCCUCCCCGCCAGCGGUCCCCUCCCACAGCAUGGUGGGCAUCGCCAUGGAUGUUGGGGGGAGCCCCAUCGUCUCCAGCGCGGGAGCCUAUCUCAUCCACGGGGGGAUGGACAGCACGAGACACUCUCUGGCCCACACUUCCCGGUCAUCGCCAGCUACGCUUGAAAUGGCGAUUGAAAAUCUCCAAAAAACCGAAGGGAUUACUUCACACAAAAGCGGUUUACUCAACAGCCAUCUCCAAUGGCUCCUAGAUAACUACGAGACAGCCGAGGGCGUGAGCCUGCCCCGAAGCUCUCUGUACAACCAUUACCUCCGGCACUGCCAGGAGCACAAGUUGGACCCCGUGAACGCCGCCUCCUUCGGGAAACUCAUCCGCUCCGUGUUUAUGGGCCUGCGGACGCGACGGCUGGGCACCAGGGGCAACUCCAAGUAUCAUUACUAUGGGAUCCGUCUGAAGCCAGACUCGCCCCUGAACCGGCUGCAGGAGGACACGCAGUACAUGGCUAUGCGGCAGCAGCCCAUGCACCAGAAGCCCAGGUACCGGCCAGCCCAGAAGACGGACAGCCUCGGAGACAGCGGCUCACACAGCAGCCUGCACAGCACGCCCGAGCAGGCCAUGGCCGCCCAGAGCCAGCACCACCAGCAGUACAUAGAUGUCUCCCACGUCUUCCCGGAGUUUCCAGCACCUGACCUGGGCAGCGUCUUACUGCAGGAUGGCAUCACACUGCAUGACGUCACGGCCCUGCAGCUGGUCUACCGGCGGCACUGCGAGGCAACCCUAGAUGUCGUGAUGAACCUCCAGUUUCACUACAUCGAGAAGCUCUGGCUUUCCUUCUGGAAUUCGAAAGCCUCAUCCGGCGACGGCCCCACCUCCCUACCUGCCAGUGACGAAGAACCCGAAAGCGCCGUCCUCCCGAAGGACAAGCUGGUGUCCCUGUGUAAAUGCGACCCCAUCCUCAAGUGGAUGAGGAACUGCGACCACAUCCUGUACCAGGCCCUGGUGGAGAUCCUCAUCCCCGACGUGCUGCGGCCCGUGCCCAGUACCCUGACACAGGCCAUCCGGAAUUUUGCCAAGAGCUUGGAAGGCUGGCUGACGAAUGCCAUGAGCGACUUCCCGCAGCAGGUCAUCCAGACCAAGGUCGGCGUGGUCAGCGCCUUCGCCCAGACUCUGCGGAGGUACACAUCCCUCAACCACCUGGCGCAGGCAGCCCGGGCCGUGCUCCAGAACACGUCUCAGAUCAACCAGAUGCUCAGCGACCUCAACCGUGUGGAUUUCGCCAAUGUGCAGGAGCAAGCGUCGUGGGUGUGCCAGUGCGAGGAGAGUGUGGUGCAGCGGCUGGAGCAGGACUUCAAGCUGACCCUGCAGCAGCAGAGCUCACUGGACCAGUGGGCCAGCUGGCUCGACAACGUGGUCACCCAGGUCCUCAAGGAGCACGCGGGCAGUCCCCGUUUCCCCAAGGCCGCCCGGCAGUUCCUGCUGAAGUGGUCCUUUUACAGCUCCAUGGUGAUCCGCGACCUCACCCUGCGCAGCGCCGCAAGCUUUGGCUCCUUCCACCUCAUCCGGCUGCUCUACGACGAGUACAUGUUCUACCUGGUGGAGCACCGCGUCGCCGAGGCCACCGGGGAGACGCCCAUCGCCGUGAUGGGAGAGUUCAACGACCUCGCCUCCCUGUCGCUGACGCUGCUCGACAAAGAUGACAUCAGCGAAGACCGGGGCAGCGAGGCCGACUCGGACGUCCGCGGCCUCGGGGAGCCACUGGUCAAGCGGGAGCGCAGCGACCCCAACCACUCCCUGCCGGGUGUCUAGCGCCUGGUGCCUCCCGGGCUCCGGACACUGCCUCGAGCUCCGCCGCUGUAGUGCCUCUCCAACCAAGUGACCUUCCCUCGGACGCGCGCACUCCUCCAAGGACACGCUCUUCCUCGAGAAGGAACACGGUUGUUAACCAGGUUGAGGGCCCCCCCCGGGCGCCACCCAGCUGUCUUUCCUUCCUCUGAACGUUCUGGUUCUCCCCUCCACUGGAGGCUGGGUCGAGUCCACGCAUCCCGCCGUGAGGGCUGGGCCAGUCGCUGCCUCCGCCUGGGCUUCUCGUCCAUUCGGCUGGUUCCAGUCUCCACUGUGAUGUUGAAAAAAACUCAGCAGAUCCCAGGAAGGAGGGACAUCCUGCGGCUGUGGGGCAGUGCCAGGCCGGCUGGCGGCCACGGGGCCCCAGCCUGGUGCCCUGUGCUGGGAAGGGACUGUGUCAGCGCUGUGCCCAAGGUCCCUCGUGGACAGACCACGCACGGCCUCCUGCCCUGCCCAGCCCCUCGGGAGCCCCGUCUCUAGAUGCCAAAGGUUUCCAGGAGCAGCUGCCGAUCGGCUCAGAGAACAAGUCACAGAAACGAGCCCGCUCAUGCCAAGACACGGGGGUGUCUUUAAAAAUCAAAACCAGAUUUAUCAGCAACGGGAAGCAUUGGGAUUCUGUCCAAGUUCACAGUCAACGUCCAGCCAAACCCCGCUGGGUCUGGAAUAAGUUUGUUCCGAGGGGGCCAGGCGGUCAGUGUUUCAGCAGCGCCUUCCUCUGCCCAGUCUGUGCACAAACAGCCGUGCCUGCAUCCUGCUCACAGAAUCUUCCAGAAUAUCUGCCUUUGCGUUCGCGAUCCUGGGGCCCUGUGCAAGUCCCAUCUGGGACUGCUCGAGGUUGAAGCUCUCCUCCGGGGACAAAUGAAUUGCGAGGCCUCGCGCAGCCUGCAUUUGAAACACUCCAGACCUGUGUCCGUCCUGACACGAUGCACCAGCUCCGUGCGGGGGUUCUGUCCUCGGACAACCACAAGAGGAAGGACAGACCUCUGGUCUAGGAAGCACCGCCUUCUGAAAUGCAAUAGUUUCUCUUUUUGGAAAUAUGUUCAUACCCAUAGUUUUGUGCUGUUCUUAGAAGGUUUGUUAUGAAUGUGUAUAUUGCAGUAUAUUCGGUCCCCAAUAUUUUUUUCUCGUUCACGCCGAAGGUACUAAUGCAAACUCACGUGGCCUUGAUAAAGCUCCCUUCCCACGCCAGGUCUGCGGGCAGGGGCCGAGGGGAAGGACCAGAAAGACGCGUGCCUGAUUCAGAAACCAAAAGUCCACGAGGGGCACCCUAGUUGAAGACUCAGAUGGAACCGGACAGAAAGAAUGUCUUUAAAGACUUGUCUCCUCCUGGGGGACAAUUCUUGGAUUGUAACGGCCUGCCUUUGCUUCCACGUGUGGGUUUCUGCCUUACGCUCCGUCCUUGGAGGAUUCCACAAGGAGGAACACCAAUGACAGUCAAGACACCAGCCUUCCGAGCCCCUUCUCGUUUGUCGUUGCAAUAAACACGUUGAAUGUACCCAUUUUGGGGUCCCCAUCCACACUCCAGCCCCUGCCCCCGACAGUGGCCUGGGGGAUGCGCCCUCCCUCCCGGCCUCCCCUUGUCCCGGGGCAGCCAGCCUGGCCCAGAGGGGAAGCCCAGGCACGGCCUCCAGCUCUUCCCCCCUCCACUCUCUGUGGAAUGUUCCAGAAGGAGCAUUAGCAAGGCCAGCCCGGGGGUCAAGAUGGUGAGAAACCCCUUCAGAUACGGCAGAAUAAAUCCACGCUCCAGCCGCUGAUGGAGCCCACCGGUGGUUCUCAGGGUUUAUUCAGUAGAGCAGUGGGGGCCAAAGUACAGAAUCCGCUGAGAAUCAGCGCAUGAACUUGGUCCAAAAUCGCCAAUUCCUGGGCCCAGCCGCAGAGAGCCUGGCUCGUGGGUUUGGGGUGGGGGCUGAGAAUCUGUACCGUUGUGACCAUCCCCUCUCUGGGGACCCACACAGGCGAUUGUGGGUCGCUGAAGAAACCCUGCAGGAGAGCGACAGGCUCAGCAACUGGGAAGGGCCCACAGGCGGGAGAAUGUUCUGGAAACGUGGACGCAGCUCCCGGUCAGCCAUCCCUAAAAGCUGCCUCUCAGUGCCCACCCAGUGCCCCCCGUGCCCCCAGAGGUGCUCGGC